AUGUAUCUGGUUCUCCUCCUCCUGCUGUGGCUGAGCUGUGCGACCCCAAACCAGGAGACAGGCAGCUGCUCCCAACCCCAGCCCCUCUGCUGCUUUGGAACAGAUCACCACUGCAAGAGAGGAAGCUGCUACUGUGAUGAAUUCUGCCACGAGGUGUCAGACUGUUGCCCAGACCACCACGCCCUGUGCACCCUGGAUAACUCACACGCAGGCUCCUUCCCACCCCUGGCGGAGCCAGAUGCUGUGAUGGACAGAGGCAAGCCCCUUGCUUGUACUUCAGGCCAAGGCCAGGAUGUGGACUGGAUGCCUCCUGAGGGCCCUGAUAAUCCUCGUACCAAAAAGUGCCCACAUAUUCCUCCCAGCUUUGUUUCCCCACUGCUCCUGACCACCUGCUGCUCCCCUCUGAGCUCCUUUCCCAGAUCCCCACAGGGAGAGGCUAAGCUGUUGGUGGUUGGGGAUCAGGGUGCUUCUCAGAAUACCAAGAUGGUGCUGCAGAUGGUGCUGAGGAGGGAGACCCCCCUGAGCCCUGCAAGAAGCAACCUAGACUGGAUACAGAAUGUGUUCCAGCAGCUUCUGCACACCAGCCUCCCAGAGAGGCCCCUCUCCAUCUCCAUGAAGAAAAUCAAGAAGAGAGCCUGA